GACGCUUUGCAACGUUUCGAGCUCUGAUUGUUUGGCGCAAAAUACCGGCAGUUUGGUUUCAGCCCAACUCAGUUUCAGAAGCUCAUCCGAAUUCUACGGCUUUUCUCGCUAUUGGCCCGCAGUCUGUUUCCCUGAACUGACGAGGACGGAGGUCGGUCUGGGACGAAUUUCCGUCAGGUUGAUUGCCAUUCUGAUGUGACACAGACAGGCCGUGAGUUAUACCUGGGAACUCUGACUCUUAGUAGUGGGCAAUGGCAAUGUCCUGGUGUUCAAAGUCUGAACAGGCCGACCCGGAGUCCUGAAUCGAACUGGAAAAUCCAUUUCACCAGUUCCACAAAACCCAGCCAUGGUGAAAGCCCUGCAGCCGUGUUGGCCGAGUUUCCUCACGCGGCCGAAUUGCCUUCCCGGGACCUUCGAAUGCUUUCUGUACCGAAUGCAACCGAAACCCAAGACACCUUGUGUUGACAUUCCCACAUGAUGGGCAGACUCCAGGGAUUUCCCAAGGUCCGGUAGUUGAGUUCCUGUCAUACUCGGGCGGGUAGAGCCAACCAAAAACGAAACAGAGCCGCACAUGGAAGCUACGCGUGGACAUCUCUGAGGUCGGUGUACACUUACACUAGAGCCCCUAGUUACGCCGACGAUAUGUGUUGUCCAGCACAUACACAUGGCCUUGCUACAUGUGGACAUAUACUACACACAGUACAUGUCCAAUCAUGGGAACGGAUAUCAUGGCCAAGCAUAACAAGACCAAGACUGCCCGGGCGAAGCUAGCUAAUUAUAGUGAGACCGCAAAUGCGGCUCUGUUCGAGAUCAAUGAACCGAGAGCCCCGUGGAGAACGUUUAUUUAAGGACAAAGAGCAGACCACACGAAGGCCUAUCGCCUCCGGAAGGUCGAGAAUGCUCGAUCUGAUGUUUCUAGAGAGCUUACUAUGGCCUCCCCUUCCUUGUUAUUGUUUGAUAGAUCGAGCAAUUCUGUCCGGUUGACAGGUCUCAAGUACCAGAGAGCAAGGACAAGAACAAACAUCAACUGUCAGCACCAAGCUGGACCAACACGUCUCCCUCUGUACAACAGCGCCACGCAACAAUGGUCUCGAUUUGCCAGGGUUUCCAGUCGUUCGCAAAGGUUCCCUGGCUUUGUUUCACCGGUCGUCUCUUCAUCUGUCCUGUCACGAUCGACUUGAUGGUUUGUACUGGUCUUCCAACCACGGAGCAUGGGUCUUGUACUUGGCAGUCUUCUCAACCGCUCGAUACAAGGGACUCUUGGAAAUUCCAAUUUCUACAUGGGGAUUUGUCGCUCGUGGGGAUAGCAGGGCUAGGUCCCAUGACUGAAAGGCACUGCAGGCUGCUCACCGAGGUGGCUGCAUCUGUUUCCCCGGGAGCCGCUCGCCAUUCUCGCACACCAUAUGCUUCAACAUGCUUCGACAUUUGACACAGAGAAACGUUUAACAAUCGAUGGACAUGUACGGGGCACAAGCUCCUUGCCGGGUUUUGGCCCGACAGAAUCCCGUCGCUUACAUGUCACUCCAAGAUUACGCAUCUCCUACCACAGGAACCAAAUGCUAUCAAACACCCAAAAGUUGCCGGGCAUUUACCCUUCCGGAACUACAUGGGUGUUUUGA